GUCUGUUUUCUUGAAGUGGGUUCAGGGAAGUGUUGAGGGGGCGGAUAGUUUUGAUUUUCUCUACAUCGUUCUUAGCCAAUAAUGUAGAAGGAACUGUUGUGCACAUCUCAGCUGGCAGACAUUUAAAAGGGAGACAGUGCGGCGCUGAAGCAAUUUGUAUUAAACCCCCUGGCCCCUGUCUAUGGAGUGGUUAGUCUCCCACCCAUCCAGAGUCCCGCCAGUGUACAGUCGACAGGAGUAGGUGCCUAUCAUCUGUGAAGGUGCCAGAGAGGGCUGACAAGAUCAGAUCAUCUCACUUGAGGCUGUAGUCACUCGUACAUGAUGGCCAACUCAACUCGUAUACUCUGCAGUAUGGUUUUCAUCAUUGGGUUGCUAUUCUCUCCCGUGGAUUCAAAAAGAAACCGAGGUUCACAAGGCGCCAUUCCUCAUCCUGACAAAAACAACCCAAACGAAUCGGAGCAGCAACCGCAGCCUCCGCAGGCGGGCUCCGGGUCCCGGCAGAGGCAGGGCUCAUCCUCACCGGCCGACGAGGUGCUGGAAUCCAGCCAGGAAGCUUUACAUGUGACGGAGCGCCAGUAUUUGAAACGGGACUGGUGCAAGACGCAACCCCUAAAACAAACCAUCCACGGAGGCUGUGUGAGCCGCACCAUCAUCAACCGCUUCUGUUACGGACAGUGCAACUCCUUCUACAUCCCCAGGCACAUCCGCAGGGAGGAGGGUGCCUUCCAGUCUUGUUCGUUUUGCAAGCCGAAGCGUUUUACCACUAUGACCUUUACUUUGAACUGUCCGGACCAGCAGCCACCCACCAAGAAGAAACGCAUCCAGCGCGUCAAACAGUGCCGCUGUAUAUCCAUAGACCUGGACUAGACUGGGAGUGGGUGGGGGGGUGGACUGUCGGUAGAAAAGAGGUGCUGAAACAGCCAAGAACACGUGCCUGUCUCUACAUACAGUGACAUUAAUCCUCCCUUCAUGAACUAAGACUCUCUUCUUGCACAACGUGUGAACAGAUAUGUGCACGCAAACUUGUAAUCACAAAUCCAUUACUUUGCCAGGUUUUACAACGCGCGUCACUGCACGGGAACGCUGACUUGGAAUGGACACGUUUUACGCACGGCUUUCUCACCCCAGUAGGACUGCAGAACCCCGGUUUAUUUAAUAAAACAAUAACUCACUGCUCCAAACACUCACCAUGACAGGAAAACAUCCUUGUCUAAUUUCGUUUUUAACGUGUUUAUAUAUGUUGGUUGAACUGAUGUUUCCACUGUGUGGAAUUGGAUGGAUAAGUAGUGUAAUAAUUUGUAAGCGAAAAAUGUGAUUUUAUUUUGAUGUUUUAGGAUUCAUUGAGUUCAAGUAAUUGAUUUCUGUGAAUUUCAAAAUCCAUCAGUAUUUGUGUUUAUUGUUUCUAUUUUAUUAUUUUUUUUGGAAGUUGGGUGCCUACUCAGUCCUGAAAAUGAAGUCGAUAUUUUUGUUAAAAAAACGGACAAUGUACAGUUACAGUAUGGGAUUAUAGUUGUAAAGUGUAAAGACGACUUUGAUGUAACCGGUUUGUUUACUCCUUGGAUUAAAUUAUCCAUGAAGACACGAAAUAAACGGAUACUGACA